CAAACUGAACGAGCGAAGAAACCCAGCAAUGACGACCUCCCCGAAGGCAUCGAUCAGAAAAUUUGGCGCCGUGUCUUUAUCUCAACAUACAUCCAAUAUGUCGCGACAUUGGCCAAUCCCUGGGAGGUUCCCACCAAGCUGGCGUGUGAGAAGAUGCAGGUGAUUUGGGAUGCAGUCUUUCCCAACAUCACCCACACAGUGUCAAGCCUUAGUUCAGUCUACUACAUUGUAACCGAAUUUGCGGAGUAUGCACUCAGCAACCUUCGGUUCUUAUACAAGAAGGUGAAUGGCGAUGACAAGUCUAAAUUCUGGGGCCUUUAUCAAGGUGCAUUUAUUGUGCAAACCUUUGGUGCACACUUCACCGCAACCCGUGGCGCUCGGAAGAUACCUGGGGUAGACAAGCCAGGUGUACUGGCGAAUCCUGCUGGGGGUCUCGCAUUGUCGUGUGCCGCGGUCGAACGAGCAUUGACCCUCUGGUCUACUCGUACGCUCACCAUUAAAAUGGUUCAGGCCGCGAAGAACAAAACUAGCAUUUCGUUGCCGAAGACAAUGAAUCAGACUACCGGCAAGGUGUCCUGUUGGCAAACAGGAUUCAACGACGUCUCCUGGGGUACAUCUACACGUGCCUAUGCGAAGGCUAUCAUGAAGAACCUCCACGAGGACAAGUUCGAAGUCAUCAUUGCAUCUGCCAUGGAAUUCUCGAAGAAGAAGAGUCAUCCUGGCGAUGACGUCAACGAUGCUGCCUUGAAGGAUGAGCUUGAUCUGGAUGAGCGUGCUCAGUUGGUGGAUAUAUCAGACACCGAGUCCGAGGGAGAUGACGGCCGUGGCUCCGAGUCUGAUGUGGAGUAG